UGUAAACAAACAAACACAACCAAAUAAAAAAAACUGAGAUAAACAAUUUAAUUAACAAUGGGAUUAUGUGAACAAAUAGACAAGUAUGUUUGUAUGUUUAGAUAAAAAUUGUCCACGUUGUUCUAGGUGUGAAUCACUUCGUGUGACUUGAAAAUUUUUUCGUUUUAUAAAAUAAAAACAUAAAAAUGUCUAAAAAACAAAACACCGGUGGAUAUUUACUCGGAUUUUUGAGUGUAAUUGUUCAUAUUAUUGUUUUGUGGGGUGUAUUAGAUGCAAAUUUUCAUUCACCGAUAUUGAAUAAUCUUGAACAAGUACAACCACUUGAUGAUGCACCGGCAAAACGUUUGUUUUUAUUUGUUGCUGAUGGAUUAAGAUACAGAACAUUUUCAGAUCAUUUGCCAAAAUAUUUAAAGAGUGCUAUGAAACAUGGUACAUGGGGGAUAUCUCACACCAGGAUGCCCACUGAAUCAAGACCUGGAAAUGUCGCAAUAACAGCUGGUCUUUAUGAAGAUCCAAGUGCUCUGUUUAGAGGAUGGAAAGAAAAUCCAGUUCAUUUUGAUUCUGUCUUCAAUCAGAGUCGAAAAACAUGGGCUUGGGGAAGUCCAGAUAUUGUGCCAAUGUUUACAAAAGGCAAUAAAAAAAAUGUUUAUGGAGAAACUUAUCCACAUGAUUGGCAAGAUUUUGAUAAAGCUAGUAAUUCACCACGUCGGUUGGACUCAUGGGUAUUUGAUAAAUAUUUUACCUGGCUUAAAAAUGAUGCACCAAGUGUUAAAAAUGACUGUGAAAUUAUAUUAUUUUUUCAUUUACUUGGAUGUGAUACUGCUGGUCAUGGAAGUAAACCUCACUCAAGCGAAUACAUUGAAAGUAUGAAUUAUGUUGAUAACAAAAUUCAACAAGUUGUCAAAAGUGCUGAAAUUUUUUUUGGUGAUAAUCAGACCACUUUUAUAAUGACUGCUGAUCAUGGAAUGACUGAUUGGGGAUCACAUGGAAGUGGUUCAACUGAUGAAACUGAAACACCAUUUGUUGCAUGGGGUGCUGGAAUCAAUGACUCUCUGGAUCCAGUUGACAUUCAUCAAGCUGAUAUUGCACCUUUAAUAUCAACACUUCUUGGCAUUUCAAUACCAGUCAAUAGUGAGGGAAUACUGAGAUCACAGUAUUUAAAAUAUAGCAGUGAAAAUUUUACAGCCAGAGCUAUGAUUAAUAAUUUCAAACAAAUGGAAAAUCAAAUAAAAGCAAGUCGUAUUUUAACAAGUGGAUAUGGUAAACGUAAAAUUCAUCAAUUUGAAGAAGAUCUUCACAAAACUAUUAAAAAAAUGAAACAACUUGUUGAUGAUAAAAAUAAUAAUGCUGCGAUGUCAUUAGUUGAUGAUGGUAUUCGAUUGAGUAAGAAUGCUUUGUAUUACUAUCGAAGAUAUCAGACAAAUCAAUUAAUUAUUUAUUUAUCAUUCAUGUGGCUUGGUUGGAUUUUUUAUUUACUUUUUACACUUGCUGGUUUGCCAAGAAAGUUUAUUAAAAAAUUCCAUGGUAUUUAUUUAACAACAUAUGCCAAUUUUUUUGCUAUUGUUUCAAUGAUUAUUCUUGUUGUAGAACACUUGGUUUCAGGAAGAGGUGAUUGGAGAGUUGUUCAAUAUGGUAUCAUGACAAUUAUUUCAAUUUUAUUAGCUGCUAAAAAAGCAACAACUCAUUCACUGAUGUUUGAAAAGAACGAUAUAAUAACAUUGGCAAAUGCAACAAUAGGAAUAACAUUGUUGAUAUUAUUAAUGUCAAUUGGAUUGUUGAAAAAAUAUUUUUUCAGUCUUGCUAUGAUUGUUGCUGUAUCAAUGCAAUAUAAAUUUACUAAAAAACAUAAUAAUUAUUUGAUAAUUACUGGAUUAUUGUUGGCUAUUUAUCCACUUUUACCGACAGUUAGACCUGGAACAGAUAUUAUACAAAUACUUGGUGUUUUGAUUGUUCAUUUGAUUUUUUUGUACAAACAAAAAUCAAUUGAAAUGAAAAUAAAACUCGUCGAAUUUUUGAGGAUAUUAUUGACAUCAUUGAUUGUUGCUGGGAUUAUUGAUGGACGAACUGGAGUAUCAUGGAUUAUAUUACUAUCAAGUCCAGUAACAAUAUUGUUGUAUCCAGUUGAUAAUGCUGUUGGUAAAUUAACUGGUGUUAUGUAUGGUUUUCUUUGCCCAAUUUCAUUACUAUCAGCAUCAUACGAGCCACAGUUUUUUUCACUGCUAGCUCUGCAUUUGAUAAAAUUACAAGAAUCCAUUACAUUCAAUAGAGAAAAAGUUUACAACACUUUUAAUAAGUUUGGAGAGCAAGAUAAAAAAUAUCUCAGUCCAGAAGAUCUCGUCACAGCUGCUUAUUUCAUGUUGUAUAUAUUGUUGUCAUUUUUUGGAACUGGUAAUAUGGCCAGUAUCAGUUCAUUUGAUCCAAUGUGGACGAAACAUUUCAUCACAGUAUUUUCACCAUUUAUUAUGUCUUCAUUGAUCGUAUUAAAACUGGCGAUUCCAUUGAUUCUCAUUGGAUGUGCAAGUCAAGCUAUAACAUCAUCUUCAUCAUCAUCAUCUGUGUUUUUAGCUGUUUUGUUACUGGGUGAUUGCUUAUCACUACCAUUAAUGUACACUGUUACGAGUGAAGGAAGUUGGCUUGAUAUUGGCAGUGCUAUUAGUCGUUAUACAAUUGCUGUUAUUUUACCAUGUCUUUUUAUGAUUCUUUAUUAUUUAUCGAAACCAUUUAUGACAUUUUGUUUAUUUCAAAUAAGAACAAAAACUAAUAAACAUCAUUCAGUAUAAAUUUAAUGGUUGUUCAUAAUAAAAAUAACAAUUAAAACAUCAUUGAUAUUAUUAUCAUGAAUAUUAUUAUUAGAUACAAUAUUAUAAUAUACAAUUUUUCAAAAAUAAAUGUAAAUAAUAAAAAACAAUGACAAAAA